GUGACAGCAGCGGAAUGACAACAUCGACACUACUGGCCCUUCCAUUCCGGUCGACUUCAGCUAAACACCGACAAAAAGUAAGGCUCCUCUCACAUCUCACAUCCCCUUCCUCACACGCGAGACGCCUCUGCUCGUGGACAAAAACAUAAAUACCCAGGAAGCGAAGUUGCCAUAUUUGUACACAAUUCUUUGCUUUGUUUUCACGAGCUAAGCUAGCUUUCUUAGCACGGAGCUAACGUCAAUUUCCCCAUUACACCUGCGCAGUUUGACAUACUUCGAGUUAGUUUGGAAGGCGCAGCGCCUGAGUCACCGUCUCCUCCCGCAGUAUAACUGAGUAAUAACCGCAUCGCCAAUGAAUAAAGACACACGCUGCUGACUUUAAGCUGAAUUACUGUGAGACAACGUGGGACUAGCUCGUGUCGCACCGGCUUCCUCGCAGUGAUUCAGGGCUGUUUGUGUGUUGUUGGUGCUCGCCCGGCUGUGUGUGUGUGUGUUGUUGGCAGCAGGAAGCCGCCGGCCUUUGGACUCCGGGGUCCGUGUCUGAGGCGUUUCUUCUAUAUGCGCCCCUGGGAGCAGCCGCAGCAGCAUGGCAGAUGACAAGGACGUGUUGAGGGACGUCUGGUUCGGCCGGAUCCCGAGCUGCUUCACCCUGAACCAGGACGAGGUGACCGAGAGGGAGGCCGAGCCCUACUACCUGCUGCUACCCAGGGUGAGCUACCUGACUCUGGUCACAGACAAGGUGAAGAAACACUUCCACAAAGCAAUGAGGGCCGAGGACGUGGAGGAGAUGUGGUUCGAGUAUGAAGGGACGCCGCUGAAAUGGCACAAUCCGAUAGGAGUUCUGUUUGACCUCCACGCGUCCAGCUCCGUCCUCCCCUGGAGCAUCACAGUGCACUUUAAGAAUUUCCCGGAUCGUGACCUCCUGCACUGCCCGUCCAGCUCUGUGAUCGAGGCUCACUUCAUGUCCGGCAUCAAGGAGGCCGACGCCCUCAAGCACAAGAGCCACGUCGUCAACGACAUGCAGAAGAAGGACCACAAACAGCUGUGGAUGGGCCUGCAGAACGACAAGUUCGACCAGUUCUGGGCCAUAAACAGGAAGCUGAUGGAAUACAGCAGCGAGGACGGAGGCUUCAGAUACAUCCCCUUCAGGAUAUACCAGACGACGAGCGACCGGCCGUUCAUCCAGAAGCUGUUUCGUCCCACUUCCCCUGAAGGCAGCGCGCACACACUCGGCGACCUGCUAAAGGAGAUGUGCCCGACGGCGUUACCGCCCGACGGUGAGCCGAAGCGCUACCAGGUGGUGAUCCACGGAAUCGAACCGCUGCUGGAGACGCCUCUGCAGUGGCUCAGCGAACACCUCAGCCACCCCGACAACUUCCUGCACAUCUGCGUCAUCCCCGUCCCCUCCGACUGAGGCCACGCCCCCCCCAACCCCCCCACGACGACCCGCCGUCACCACGCCGACCGGCCGGGGUGGGGGACUGAGGCCACGCCCUCCCCAACCCCCCCACGACGACCCGCCGUCACCACGGCGACCGGCCGAGGGGGGGCGACGGACUCUGAACCCGGUGGACUCUCCCAACGAGAAAGGUGAAGGCGGACAAAAGGACGUGAGGGAGGUGUUAACAACCCCCCCCCACCCGCCCCCCAACACCACGAGGACACAAGGAUGAACUCUCCUUUCUCCUCCACCCGACACCACCUCCUCCUCCAGACACCUCCGAGGGGGAGAGGCGGCGGCGACGCGUGAUGUUUGGGACUUUUUGGGGAGAGGCGCGUCCUGCUGGAGUUGCCUUGGUUACCACGUUCACGGAUUGCCCCCCUCCUCCACCCCCACCUCCCUCCUCCACCCCCCCCCCCGGCCCCCGCCCGCCUGCAAACAUUCAUGUGAAAGCCUCCAGAAGCUUCUGUCUAUUCGUGCUUUUUGUUCCCGCUGCCGACGGCGUCCUGUAACUGAAGGGUUUGAUGAAGUCGUCCUCAGUGGGACGAGGAAGAAGCUCCUGUAGAGACACGACGGCGAUUCCGUCUGUGAGAAGAGAAACGACGAUGGAACCGCAGCUGGAGUUAAAGACUUUAGUUGACUUUCAUUCGUCCUCAGCUUGAAGAGGAAACUUUCCAGAGUGGAAAUGCUCCUUCAAUAGAAAACACGGUUGAAGUAACGCGUCGGGACGCUUUGUUUUUAACUUGCUUUGCUGUUUUUGCAGAAGAUGAUUUCCGUCUUCUGAGAGGAGCCACAUAUUUUUAUGAGAUGACAGAAAAGCAAAUAAUAAUAAUAAUAAACUCCUCAGCAGGUGUUGACGUCUCUCUGAGCAGAUGGACGUGAAACCAGCAUCUGGUUUGGUUUGAAGAACUGAUGAGAUAAUUAUCUGUGUGUGUUGGGGGGGGGGGGGGCUCCAUUGUUUGACACGUCCUUUAAAUGCUUUCAUUCUCAAACUGUAGUUUGUGGACAGAAGACGAGUGAAAAGCUCAGGUGACCUUCGGCGGAUCCGAGCGGAUUGAUGCAAGUUGAGAUUUCAGUUAAUCAAUAAUAUUUCUGCUUUUUUUUUUACAUCCGUUCACACUGAAAUAAAAUUUAUCCAGAAUGACUCCAAAUACAA